AUGGCAGCACACACUGCGGUCGCCACGUUUGUAGCAGUUGUGUGCCUCUACUUAAGACUAGAGGUCAAUGGACAAACCUGUGUCAUCUGGACAGAAUGGUUAGACGGCGACGACCCAGUCGGUACGGGAGACUGGGAACUCCUGCCGGACCUACAGAGGGAUUUCCCGGGUCGGAUAUGUUCAAACACCUCCGGUAUCCAAGCCCGUGUCCGCGGCUCGGGUGUGAAGGCAUCCGCGACAUUAGAGAGGUUUGUGGUCAUCAACCCACAAGAGGGGUUCGCGUGUAGGAACAACAUGCAGAGCGACUGCCUGUGCCAGGACUAUGAAGUUCGCUUCUGCUGUAAACAGUCUGAUAUUGAUGAGUGCAGUGACGGUACACAUGACUGUCAUCCUGACGCCGAGUGUCACAACAAUGCCGGAUCCUUUUCAUGCCAAUGCAAGCAUGGAUUCAUAGGAAAUGGGACAUCGUGUUCAGCCACGAUUUGCGUUACAGAUGUUGACGAAUGUACAGCAGCAGCGGCUCCUUGCGAUCCAAAAGCAAACUGCACAAACACGGAAGGUUUCUUCUUCUGCCUGUGCAACACCGGAUACAUGGGAAAUGGCACGUCAUGUGCAGAUAUUGACGAAUGCACCACAGAAGCACACAACUGUCACAUGAACGCACAUUGCACAAACACUGAUGGAUCUUUCUUCUGCACGUGCAACAUCGGAUACUCUGGGACUGGAACGCGGUGCGAAGAUAUGGACGAGUGCACUAAAGGAACUCACAGGUGUGACUCCAAUGCAACCUGUACCAACACUGCAGGGUUCUACAUUUGUGAGUGCAUGGAUGGGUAUGGAGGGAAUGGUACUUACUGUGCAGAUAUAAACGAAUGCAGGACAGGAAGUGACUGCGCUGAAAAUGCCACAUGUACCAACAUAGAAGGGUCGUUCUUCUGUCUGUGUAACCAUGGAUUCACUGGAGACGGUUUGAUUUGUACAGAUAUUGACGAGUGUAGUGACGGUGUACACAUCUGUCAUCCUAACGCCACAUGUAUCAACACUGUCGGUACUUUCUCAUGCGAGUGCAACAACGGAUACACAGGAGAUGGAACCUCGUGCACAGAUGUAGACGAAUGUGUAUCGGAGACUGAAAACGACUGCGAUCAACACGCACUCUGCAACAAUACCGACGGUUCCUUCCUGUGUCGGUGUGAUGCCGGAUACGCAGGCAACGGUACAUUAUGUACAGACAUCGAUGAAUGUUCCUUGAGUACCCACGACUGUCACCCUAACGCUACAUGCACCAACAUUGGAGGGUCCUUUACCUGUCAGUGCAACAAAGGAUACAUGGGGAAUGGCACAUUCUGUACAGACGUUGAUGAAUGCUCCGAGGAUUCACAAAUCUGCCACCAGAACGCGACGUGCACCAAUACGGACGGGUCUUUCUCCUGCACCUGUAAUCCGGGCUAUGUUGGGAACGGCACGGCUUGUACAGAAAAAGAAUCAUUGAUUGAUACAAUAAAAUUUCGUUGUACAGAUAUCGAUGAAUGCGCAUCGGGAAGCGAAAAUGUCUGUGACCAAAACGCAGCUUGCACCAACAUUGCCGGGUCAUAUUUUUGCCGUUGUAACAUUGGAUAUGCAGGGAACGGCACAUUUUGUACAGAUAUUGAUGAAUGUGAAACGGCAGAUAGAAAUAACUGUGAUGAAAACGCCACCUGCACCAACACUGACGGAUCCUUCUUCUGCACCUGUAGUGAAGGGUUCAGAGGAAACGGUACAACUUGCAAAGAUAUCUCAUUGACAUAUUGUCCAAGACAGCGAAGACGAGCCAUCAUGUGGCCGGAAUCAGUCGGAAUGACGGUCUGUCACCGCCCCUGCCCCAGAGGAUCUGUUGGUAUCGCUAGCUGGACGUGCGGCAGUAAUAGUGCAUGGGAGGGAGAACCGGACCUGACCGGAUGCCUGUCACAUUGGCUACACGAUCUGGAUACAGAUAGGCCGUCUACAGACGUCCUCUUCUUAAUGGCCGAACAGUUGGAAAAUCAACAACACAUGUACGGCGGCGAUGUCAUCACCUGUACGGACCUUUUUGGACAUAUGGUUGAGAGACACGAACACGAACUAGACAGUGUGCUGCACGAACAUAGGGAACACAUCGUCACCAACUUUACUGAGUCAAUGCUAACAUGCGGAAGUGCUCUCCUGAGAACAACCGAAGCUUGGGGUGACAUUCCUAUGGAACGCCGGUUUGAAGUGGCUCCAGAAAUCAUGGACAAUACCGAAAAGUCAGGUCUUCUCCUGGCGAAGAACGUUCCCAAAGACACUGUCUCAAUUACGAGAGAAAAUAUAGUGAUGGACAUUGUUGCCAAGGGCAACGGAAGACCCAUGGACUUUCCUCAAAGGACUGAUGAGAGAUCCUCCAUCUUGGCCCGCAUACCGGACUCCAUAACGGUUCCCGGAACGAAGCAUCGGGUCGUAGCCGCGCUCUACAAAAAUCUGGGCCAGUAUCUGAAACCUAAGCGGGCUGAGCUACCAGGCCUUAAUGACAGUAACCUGGAGACAGACAGGGUACUCUCUCGGGUUAUCUCCGCAACCAUCGUAGAUGACGGCAAACCUGUUGUGCUCAAGGACGGGACUGUCGAAAUUUUCCUGGAACACAUACAGCGUAGCGUUUAG